GCUGUUUGGUCCGGCGGGGAGGGUGGGGGAAAGCUGACGGGAGGACAUGCAGGCUCGCUACUCCGUGUCCAGUCCCAACUCCCUGGGAGUGGUGCCGUACCUCGGCGGAGAGCAGAGCUACUACCGCGCCGCGGCGGCGGCGGCCGGCGGGGGCUACACGGCCAUGCCGGCCCCGAUGAGCAUGUACUCCCACCCGGCCCACGAGCAGUACCCGGCCGGCAUGGCCCGAGCCUACGGGCCCUACACGCCGCCGCCGCAGCCCAAGGAUAUGGUGAAGCCUCCCUACAGCUACAUCGCCCUCAUCACCAUGGCCAUCCAGAACGCGCCCGAUAAGAAGAUCACCUUGAACGGGAUCUACCAGUUCAUCAUGGAGAGGUUCCCUUUCUACCGGGACAACAAGCAGGGCUGGCAGAACAGCAUCCGCCACAACCUGUCCCUCAACGAGUGCUUCGUCAAGGUGCCCCGCGACGACAAGAAGCCCGGCAAGGGCAGCUACUGGACCCUCGACCCGGACUCCUACAAUAUGUUCGAGAACGGCAGCUUCCUCCGCCGCCGCCGCCGCUUCAAGAAGAAGGACGCCGUCAAGGACAAGGAGGAGAAGGACCGCCUGCACCUCAAGGACCAUGCCCCGCCGCGCCCGCCGCCGCCCGCCGAGCCCGAGGGCGGCCCCGCCGGGGGCCCCGCCGCGCCGCCGCCUCCCGUGCGCAUCCAGGACAUCAAGACGGAGAACGGCACCGCUUCGCCGCCGCAGCCCGUGUCCCCCCCGGGCGCCGCGCCGCCGCUCGGCGCCGUGCCCAAGAUCGAGAGCCCCGACAGCAGCAGCAGCCUGUCCAGCGGCGGCAGCCCCCGCAGCACCCUCCCCUCCAGCCGCUCCCUUAGCAUGGAGGCUCCCGAGCCGCCGCCUCCCCCCCCUCCGCCGCCGCCCCCGCCGCCGCCGCCGCCGCAGCAGCAGCAGCCGCACCACCACGGCCCGGGCUUCAGCGUGGACAACAUCAUGACCUCGCUGCGGGGCUCGCCGCAAGCCGCGGGCGAGCUGGGCGCGGGGCUGCUGUCGCCCCCCGCCGCCGCGCCGCGCACGGGCAUCCCGCCCGCGCUCUCCCUCGGCGGCUACUCGCCGGGACACAGCUCCGUCUACGGUUCCCCCUGCGGCCAGGCGGCCGCGGGCUCCGCCGCCGGCACCUACCACUGCAACAUGCAGGCGAUGAGCCUCUACGCGGCGGCGGGCGGCGCGGAGCGCCCGGGCCACCUGCCCGCCGCCGCCAGCCCCGCCGAGGACGCGCUGCCCGAGUACGCGCUGCCCGCGGGCGGCGGCGGCGCGGGGGGCGGCGGGGCGCUGGGGCACGGCGGGCUGGGCGGCGCGGCGGGCGGCCACCAGGAGGGGCACCACGCGCACCCGCACCCGCACCAGGGCCGCCUGGCCUCCUGGUACCUCAACCAGGCGGCGGCGGCGGCGGCGGCGGCGGCGGCAGCGGCGGGGGAGCUGGGCCCGCUGGCGGGCGCGGCGGGCUACGCGGGGCCGCAGCAGGGCUUCGCCGCCGCCCCCAGGGAGGUGUUCGAGGCGCCGCGGCUGGGGCUCAGCGCCUCGCCCGGCGGCGGCGGAGGAGGAGGAGGAGGUGGAGGGGGCGGCGGGGCGGCGGGGGGCGGCGGAGCGGGGGGAGGCGGCGGCGGCAGCUGUCAGAUGGCGUUCCCCGGCAGCCAGCCGCUCUACCGCACCUCCGGGGCUUUCGUCUACGACUGCGGCAAGUUCUGAGCGCGACCCGCCGCGGGGACACCGCCGGCACCGCCAGCCCUCGCCGCGCCCGCGAAAAGCUUUUGUACAGAGACAGCCCCAAAGCAUGUCUUGGUUUGUUAAAGGACAGUGUUACUCCAAUAACACAAAUUAUUCACAACGAAAAUAUCACUCGCGGGGCUGAGGGUCCCCGCGGCGGGCGGUGAAUCGUGCGGUCCCUGCACGGAGGUGGGUCCGGGGCCGCAGAGGUGACACGUUGGUGCUGGUAGGGGAAAAAAGGCCUGGCGAGCUUGUUUAGAAACCGUAGCGGGCUUCCAAGGGCAGCGGAGCGGGGCGGGAGCCUGCGGGCAGCGCUCCUGCCUGCGAGGGGCAGCGGGGGCAGCGCGGGGGCCGCGGGUCCCUCUUGCGCUUCCCUCCCCUUGCGAGCAGGAGGCGAACGCGAGUGUCCCUUCUCACCUGUGAUUGUCUCCCAGCAGAACUGGGCCUGCCCUGAAGGCCAAAAGAGAUGCGGUCCGACCCUGCGUGGAGGUGGGAACGGGACCUGCGCCCGGGCAGCAGCCGAAAGGUGCCCCCGUGAGGCCUCAGCAUCUUUAGUGGCAGCCGGGACAGCGAGCGGGGACGCUUGGCCCCAGCCUUGCCUACAGAGCGGUCCAUUAGGUGCCAGGUGAACUCCUGCAUCACCAGAUAUUCAACAGAAACCUCCUCAUAUGAGAUCUUUAAUAGCAGCACUUGCUGAAGGACAGGGAACAGCAGAAACACACUUGUUGCCAAACUGUGCGUUUAAAUGGAAGGAGAAGAAGCAGAUGGGGAAAUCAGUCUGCAGACGGUGUUUACUAGCACAAUCAGCACCUGAGGCAGUACUUAUUCUGAAAUUACAGAGGGUCUGUCCUGCCUUCUUCAGGGGAUAUCAUCUCAGGAGAUUCAAUAGGACUUGAUAGAUUGAAUACCUUUAAAUCAAGGAGGAUGCUGAACUAUGUUUGUGCAGGAUUCCCUAAUGGGUAGGACAACUGCAGCCUAUAUUCCCUGUAAUGCAUGAAAUCCCCAAAAAUCAGAAUGGACCUUAGCAGGCCACAUACAAAGGCUUGGCCAGCUGUCAACCCCAAAAAUUCAAAAAUUAUGACACUGGCUUAUGAGUACAAUGAUGCUGUGCUCUCUCCACUUUAACUUUGGAAUUGUUUUGAUUUGCCUGUGUUAAUAAAACCUGAGAAUUUUUUUUUUUUCAGUGAAGGCACAACAUGUCAUUCCACUGGGUAAAAUAGAAACAUGGCCCUUAACGAUUGUCACGUGGCUAUCUUUCACCAAAAGUGACUGCAAAGAAAUGUGUGAGUUUAUAAGAACAGUAGUUUAAGAGUUAAAACUUAGCAUCAUCAGAUUCUGUUGGACUUUGGGACACAGUCAAGACAGCACAUUGGUCAUUACAUUAUCAGAGAUAAGUGAAAAAAGAUAUAAUAAAGUUAAUUCUCUGUAAAAAGAAAUCCCAGUGCAACUGUAAUUCUUUACAGCUAUACAACAGAAAAUAACAUACAGAAACUGAAGAGAGAAGACUGUUGUUACUGGUAACACCUGAAACAACAGGCGAAUUACUAGCUAUCAUAGGUUCAAGGUCUGUUGUUCUGGAACCUGCAAAAUGAGCAGCAAAAAACAACAAAAAAAGAAAAACUCAUCUUGAGAGUUUACAGUAAAAGCUCAGCAUACUUGAAUUUUCAGAACAAUCUGAAAUUCAGAUAAGGAGAAAUCAAUGCCAUGUGAAACUUGCAAAUAACUUUCUAAAAAUAAGUCAAAUAAGGAAAUUUCUGUUUUAAUUGUAAGGAAUGAAACAGAGCAGCUGAAGUAGUCAUAGAUAUUUCUCUUCCAUGGCUUCCCCUCCACCCCCCUUUUAUUCUGCAUUCCAUAGUUCCAAAUGGAGGAGUCAUCCACAGGUCACACCACUGCCUCCGGUGCUACUUAAACAAUUUUUCAAAAUGUAUCUUCACACUGGUGACACGCACAUCCCACGUAGGUUGGAUUUCCAUGAGUGGUUGUUAUCUGAGCCCCCUGCUGCUGCCCCGAUCCCCCAUCCACUUCCUUCUCCUGGUUCCCUUGUUCCCAAGGCUAGCUGGGCUCAGCUGCUUGGCUGUCACAGCAUCACCCCAGGGUUUAGGGAAAUUUUAGACAAGCUCACUCAUUUCCAGGAGACUCUCCUCCCAGCAAAUGCAUGCCCCUGAGAUGUCUCCAGGGCAUCGGCUCACCUGAUUAUCUGACAUGGGCUUCCUUGUAAGCAGCAGUAGUUAAUACGAGGCCCAUAAGGACUGAAUUAACCACCAUGUCACUCAGCAGAUUACCAAGAAAACUUCUUACAGGAAAAGUGCUUGCUUGUUUUGGGCUGCUUGUGGGAUCAGCUUUCUUCUAUCACUGAGCAGCUGGGGCAUUAUCCAGCCUUUAACAAAGGCUGCCCAGUGGUGUCCCAGGAGCCCUGGAGCACACGUGCCCACACACACCUCCUUUUGCUUUUCCUCUCAGGACACUAGGUGAAAAGCUGCAUCCUGCAACCUUGUGCACUGGGAAGAUCCCUCUUGUCUCCUGGGCCCUUCUCAUACCAGCUGUGGAACAGAGGAAGAACAGGACCCAGUGGCUCUGCCUCCAUCUCCUGCGUGUCUCCCCUGGGAUGUUACUUCUCCACAAUGCCUUGACUGCUGCUAGACAAAAACCAUGGAGUGUUGUGAAAGCUCUAUCCCUCCUGUAUUUUACAGACAGGACUCAAAAAAAGCGCAGGAUUUUGGCAGCUUUGCCAGGUGUAUGGACUCUACCAUCUUCGUCAAAGUUCAUGCCUGCCAGGUCAACUCAUGUGCCAGUUAGCACAUGUCAAGCUGAGAACUGAUAAAGAUGAAGAGCUUAAAUUUCUGGACAGUCCAACCUCCUUGAUACAUCUCAUAUGCUCUGGCUAUUGUCUAGACAAAGCAAGCAGGUAACCCUUCUCUCAACAUAUGAAGAAGAGGGCCAGAAUAACAUCCUGUGAUGUUUGCAUUAUGUAGCUUCAAGAUAUUUGACUUUGUACCUUA